AUGGACUUGGAGGCGCAGAUCGAGGAGAUCUCGUCAUCGGCCAAAUUCGGAGACCUGAUCGAGUUCUCCUACCCCAUUGGCUACUCGCACUGGGGCGUGUACGACGAAGACGGUCAUGUGAUCCACUUUGCGGUGGCAGAGGAGGGCCAGCUGAUGUACAACAUCCGCACCUCCCUCCAAUCGCUGCUCCCGGUUAUGGGCGACAUGCUGCUGGGUACCACCCGGAUCCGUCGUGUGCCGCUGGGCGAGGUCAACGUCCCUGACGGCGUCCACAUCCUGAUCAGCAACAACCGGCACGCUUUCGCGGCGUCCUCCCCCGAGGACAUGCGGCGGCGGCGCGACGCCCUGGAGGGCGAGGAGCUCGCCUACAAUCUCUUCUGGUUGAACUGCGAGCACUUUGCCACCUUCGUGCGAUACGGGAAAUCCGUCUGCAACCAGAUUCCCACCAGACCUAAAAACGUGGAGGCCGAGUUUGCCACCAAAACGUUCCAGGACAUUGUCGACGCCAAAGCUGCCGCCGACAACGACGACCUAUCGUAG